GCACUUAUGCAUAGCCCAUUUAUGUAGGUUUAGAUGUGUUUGUGUAUGCAUAUGUAACAUGUUCAUGUGUAUGCAAUAUGCAGACAAACAUGGAUAAUUGGAUAUUGUAUAUAUACCUAGUUUGCUUUCUAAAUGACUGCAGAUAAAAAGUCUUUUGGGGAAGAAAGUGGAGUGGCUUUAUUAUAUACUUCAGGCAUUUAGAGCUUUUGGGAUGGUGGUUAUUUACAUUUUUAGUUCAUUGGCAUAGGAAUCUCUUCAAGUUCAUUGAGGCUGCAUUUGGAUGCUCAGUUGAAUUCAAUUGCAAAAUUUCAAUUCAUUAAAAUGGAAAUGACUAAUGGAGUAGCUCCUUUUCAGCUAUGAAGUGAUAUGAAGGAAUUUUCUACUUUCUGAGAAUAGUGGGAUUAGCGAAACAGGGUUCGUAACACCAAUCUCAAAUGGCUAGGACGAUGCGGUGGUGAUUAUGGAAAAAAAUACUAAUAUUAAUUCUUGCAGAUGUAGUGAAGUAAUCUAUGUGCCUGUGGUCCUCUGUCAAAAUUCUAGUAAUAGUUUUCCUUGCUUGCAUAUAUAUGUUGUUGCAUAUACUUGAGUAAAAAUAAUUUUAAUGAGUUGCAUGUAGUAAUAUAUGUGCCUGGCCACGGAAUUUAAGUAAUACCUUUGCUUACAUAUGUUGCAAUAUUUAUCAAAUCAGUUGUAGUUCUUCAAAUUUCAGAUACUUUAGGGACCGAUUAGAUACUUGGAAAUUAUUGAAUUGGAAAUUGGAGUAGCAUAGAAAACCCAAAAACGAACAUAUGAAGUCAUAAAAAGGAAAUGAAAUGAAUUUUAUGUUUGUUGAAUCGUGAAUGAAAAUCCUUCCUGAUGUGCAGGUGCUUGUUUGUUUGUCUUAUUUAACAUUGCUUGUUCCAUUUUCUAUGUGCUUUUUUAUUUUUCUUUGAGUCUGAUCUUGAUUUUUCUAUGUGCUUUCCAUUUUCUAUGAAUAAACUAUAGGUUUCUCGUCUGUUUGCUGAGUGGUGUCGGAUUUGUGAACUUCCUGGCAAUACUGAUGUCGCUUAUCCCCAUUAUAUCUCAUAGUUACAACAAAGUGGGUUGCUUAAAGGGGAUGAUCUCAUGGAUCAUUUUUUUUGAAUCCUCAUGGAAAUUUCUGUAGCAAAUUGUUUGGCCACUGACAUGAUUUAUCCAAGCUCAUUGUCCCUACAAAUGCCACAACAAGUCCAGCAUCUCUCAUUUGCUGUUAUUGAUAUGUAUGCAAAGCUUGUGGUUUUAAUUAUUAAGAUUUUGUCAGUGAUUGUGAGAGUUAUCCAAAAGGAUGCAGAAGAGAAGAAAGCUGUUUUUAGCCGAAGGGCAUAUUUCAGAUUGUUUCUGAACUGGCUUUUGGACCUUGGUUCCCUUGACCCUGUCCUUGAUAGUUCCAACUUUCAGGUUCACUUUCUGUACAAAGGCACUCUAAGGGUGCUCUUGGUACUGCUUCAUGAUUUUCCAGAGUUCCUUUGUGAUUAUCAUUUCAGCUUCUGUGAUGUGAUUCCACGCAGUUGCAUUCAAAUGCGGAAUGUUAUUCAAAGUGCAUUCCCAGGAAACAUGAGGUUGCCCAAUCCUUCUACUCCCAACUUGAAGUUCUCUAUUAAGCUAGCAUCUUUCUUCUCUCCUGAAUGCAGAUUGAUUUGCUGGCUGAAAUCAGCCAAUCACCGGGCAUUCUCUUUGAGGUUGAUGGUGCUCUGAAAGCAAAGCAGAUUAAGGCUGACAUUGAUGAGUAUCUCAAGUUAUCUUAAGUUGUCAUUAUUUUUCUCUACCUAACAUUGAGAAAUUCUCUUAUUUUCAUAUUUACAUAGCCAACCAUGCUAUACUAUUUUAUAAGUGCAUGUUGCCA